GAGAAGAGAGUAAGGCAACAGAGAGAGAGAGACAGAGAGUUGGGACUAAAGAGAAGGAAAAGGGAAAAAAAAAAGAAGGAAAGAAGAGACAGAGAGAGAGACAGACAGAGAGAGAGACAGACAGACAGAGAG